AAUACAUGUGGAGCAGUUGAGAUCAUUUAAUGAGAAAUGAUUUUGUAUUGAGAUCUGAGCAACAAAGAAAAUGUUUUUUCUGAAAAUAACAGCAUUUACAAAGUAACAAUCUAGCAGUGUUGAAAGCUGCUACAUGAGACAUUUUUGAGAACUUUUUUUUUCUUUUAGAUUUCUUUCGUUUUGGUUGUUUGUUUGUGUCAACUGUUUGUCAAGCGAGUCAACCCCGCAAACUUUUUAACUGGAUAAAUGAAGAGGUUAAACUAUUUAUCAAGAACCAAAUCAGCUGUAAUUCCUGUUACAUAAUUUCCUUUAACUUCAGCCUGCCAGAGCGCAUUCACCAGCUACUAGUUUACCUAUACUGGCAGUCAUGAGUUCGCACGCGCUGCGUUUCUGGCCGAACUAGAGGAGCUUAUCAAGAAGAAUCCAGUGUUUGAUUUUGGACCAGAACCGGAAGUUUUUGGAGUGACUGACCGUAUCGAACAGCGAGAGCAUGAGGAGACUGACGGCGGCGCGGAGCGGCUCUCUGCUCGGCCUCGUGCUGCUGCUGCUGCGCGCUGAACUCUGCGGGUCGCAGCGAUUUCUCUCACAGAAUAAAGCGUCUCAGUUCCUCCUACGACAUAGACGUGCAAACACCCUGUUUGAGGAGAGCAAGAAAGGAAACCUGGAGCGCGAAUGCAUCGAGGAGCUGUGCAAUAAAGAGGAGGCACGAGAAAUAUUUGAGAACAAUCUAGAAACGGAAUAUUUCUAUCCCAAGUAUGUUGUGUGUCUGGGAUCUCACCGCGUCGGGAUCAAUAAUCCAAACUCUGAGCCUGGAAUCCCUCAGAACCUCCGUACCUGUGUUCAAGAGAUCAGUAACCAGUGUCUGCCGCUGCCGUGUCAUAAGGACGGUUAUGAACGCUGUGUGGACGGUCAGGGCUCCUUCACGUGUGUUUGUAAAGCUGGAUGGAGGGGUCAGCGCUGUGAGCAGGAUAUUAAUGAGUGUGAAGACCCAGAAUUCCCUGCGGGCUGCAGCCAAACGUGUUACAACCUCCCCGGCAGCUUCAUGUGCAGCUGUGAGAAGGGCUUCUACACCCUUGACAACAUCCUCUGCAAUGAUAUCAAUGAGUGUAUCCUGUAUCCCAGUGUGUGUGUGGAACCUUCUAAAUGUGUCAAUGCUCCGGGAACGUUUGAGUGCCGCUGCCCUUCGGGAUACCAGUACAACAUGAGCUCACGCAAAUGUGUCGAUCUGGAUGAGUGUGAGCAGGAUGUGUGUGAUGGCGAGUGCGUGAACACUAUCGGGAGUUUCUCGUGUCACUGUGACGGGCGUAAAGGUGUGAAGCUGGCGGAGGACAGCCGUCAGUGUGAGAAGAUCCCCAAGUGUUUGGAUCUGUAUGACUACAAGCAUGAGCAGAUGCUGUAUCUGGGAGAGCAGUUCUCCGGUUUACCUGUCAUAUACCUGCGCUUCCGUCUGCAGGCCGACACCAAGUUUGCAGCUGAAUUUGAUUUCCGCACGUUUGAUCCUGAGGGAGUGAUUCUGUAUGCCGAGUCUUCGCAGGACUCCUGGUUUAUGUUGGGUUUACGGUCUGGCCGCAUCGAGGUUCAGUUUAAGAAUGAACACUCCAUCAAAAUGACCAGCGGAGGAAAAGCCAUCAAUGAUGGCCAGUGGCAUGUGAUCUCUGUGGAGGAGCUGAUGGGAAGCAUCAGUGUGAAGAUCAGUAAAGAGGCCAUAAUGAGCAUUAACAGUCCUGAGCGACUCUUCAGCCCCGUCAACGACAAACUGGAUACAAAGGUUUACAUUGCCGGCCUGCCUAAUCGCAACGAGAGCCUCAUCAAACCAAUCAACCCGAGGCUGGAUGGCUGCAUCCGUGGCUGGAAUCUGAUGAAUCAGGGCGCGUCUGGAGUGAAGGAGGUGAUUCAGGAGAAGGAGAGCAAACACUGUUAUGUGCAUGUGGAGAAAGGCUCUUUCUUCAGCGGCGGAGGCCUGGCACUCUUCAACAUCAACUACAGCAGCACAAAUCUCUGGAAGCUGGAUGUUGUGAUGAACAUCCGUCCAUCCAGCAGCACCGGUGUAUUAUUUUCCCUGAUUAGCAACCACUCUGUCCCUCUGUCCGUUGCCGUGGUGACGCAAGGACCUGAUGAUGCGAAUCUGCAGGUUUUCAUGGACGGCAUCUGCGUGGCGACGCUACAGUCUCUGAUGCUGUGUUAUCCGGAUUGGUUGGUGGUGGAGAUGAAAGCAUCAGCUGAUGGUCUCCACAUCACAGCAAACUCCUCCAGCGUGUCCUACAGUGACUCUGAAACCCUGAGCAUGGCUUUAUCCAAACUCAACAGUGCCAUGCAGGGUCACGUCCACACUUACAUAGGAGGACUUCCAGAUCUCCCGCUGUCCGUCACUCCCAUCUCUGCAUUCUACCACGGCUGUCUGGAGAUCAGUGUAAAUGGACAGCAGCUGGAUUUCGACGAGGCUGUUAGCAAAGACAACAGCAUCAAGUCUCACUCCUGUCCUCCUGUUUCCGCCCCAGACCCUCCGUCCGCUGAAUCCCAGCUGCGCUAGACAGGAAAUGACAUCACAGCCUAAUGCAGGGACACCUGACCGGCUGCGUCUGUCUGUGAGUUCCUGUCAAACACAUGAUGCGAUGUCCUGAUUCUGGGUUCAGCAGGAGACGGAGAGAGAAAGCUUGACCUGUGAUGUUUCUUUGUGUUUUUAAUUGAUCCACUCAUUAGUUGACUGAUGACUAACCUGUGAAAGAGCUUCAGAAGCUCAUGAGCCUCUAUUUAAAGAUGCCACACAUAUUCAUUCCAGUAUUUUUAUUCCUGACGUGUGUCUUUAAUCAGGUUUUUACUCGCAGUAUAGAGCCGUCAGUUUGUAUCUUGUAUAUAACACACUAAUUUGAAUGUGAUGUGAAUAUGUUUAGGUGGAUAUUGAACACUAGUGCCGCAUUAAUUGUUGUAAUAAAACAUGAAAUGCAGCUUGUUGUCGUCGUCGUCAUCAUCAUGCAAAUGCAAAUCUCACCU